CACCUGCCCGUUGCCGCGGCGCCGCGCAGCUCGGACGGUUCCGGAGGUAGGUUUCUCCUCGCGGUUCGCACAGGUCGGACGGAGAAAACCGCUCGUCUAACGUCCGGUGUACGGCGCGUCCACCUCACGACCAGCGACCGGUAACGUUUCGGUGCGGAAGGGGCUCGUGUAGCUCAGUGCGGGCUAAAUUAACGGGAGGACGGAGCCUAACGACCGGGAACCGCGUUCCCCUCACGACGGUGGUACUCGAGUACUCGGACCCUUCACUUGAGUAAAAGAUCCAGGAAAACCGCGUAAAAACACUUCAAUACAAGUACAAGCGUAGCAUCUAAAAUCCUACACAAGCACAAGGGCGGGAGAACUAUCAGCGUCGUGUGUGUCGCAGCCGGCGGCAGCAGCGUGACGAGGACGAGGAGGGAUCAUGCCGAAGAAAGCCAAGAAGGGUGGAGGAGGUAAAGGUGGCGGCAAGACGGAGGAGGAGAGACUUCUGUGCCUGCAGCAGAGAGCUCAGGCCGAGGAGGAGAUGGCCAAGAAGAAAGAGGAGAUACUCACACUGUUCCUGAAGCUCAGACAGAAGCAGAUGAGGACACACUGUCAGCAGCAGCGAGCUGAUCUGGAAGACGCAACGUUCACUGUGGAGCAGCGGCACAAAGAAGUGAUGAACGAAAUCCGCAGACUGUACAGUCAAAGCGUUGCGCUGUACGAGAGCGCCCAUGAAGAAAGGAGGGCUACUCUGGUCCUGGAGGAGGAGGAGAGGACUCUUCAGAACCAGAAAGGUCUGCAGCUCUGCAGCAAAGAAAGAAAAGAACUGGACGGCCUGGUCGCCAGAAACCAGGGUUACAUCCAAACGACAGACAAAGUCAUGAAGAAUGUUAAAGAGCUGCAGGACCGUGUCGUUCAGCUGAGGGCGAAGCUGAACUCCACUAAGAUGCAAGGUGAAUCGAAUGACCGAAAUCUGACGGCCGUCAGCGCCCAGGUGAAUGAAAAGACUCAAAAGCUUCGCAGUCAGCUGACUCAGGGUCACGCAGCGGCGAGGAAACAGCUCAUCGACCUCACCGUGCAGAGCGACAGCGCUGCCAAGAGACUGCGGGCGGUCGUCGCCAAGGGAGAGAGGCUUUUACGCGUCGCUGAAAUGUGCCGAAAGCUGGAGAGCGAGCAGGAAACCAUCUUCCCAUCGUUGUCGUCAGCUGCAGAUGAUCAAAGAUCUGCGACUGAGGAGGAGGAACUGGCAACGGAGAUACCGGAGUUUCCAGAGUUGCAGCAGGUGACGCGGCGCAUCAACACCGCUCUGCUCCGUCGAGAGGCUCUGAAGAGACAGAGGGAGGAUCUGAGCCGAGAGAACCGGCAGCUGAAGCUCCUGCUGCGUCAGCACCUGGACGCCAUGAGGGUCAGCGACCGCGACCUCGACGGACGCCACGCUCUGCUCACCGUGCGCCAGGCCCCCGCCACGACGGGCCCUCCGGACACCGACAGACGCCACACCGUCGUUGAGGCCGCUCACGCCGUCAAACGGUCACUGUAACACAGACACUCUGACAUGGUUUAGAAAGCUUAAAUACUGUAUGUCAUUAACAAAACUACCAAAAAUGUGAGUUUUCAUUUCUCGAUGAAAUAUUCAAAAUUAAAGUCUGAUUUUAUUGUACACGCACUUACCUUUAAUUCCUGGAGCUUUCAACCAUUUCCCACAGCCCUCUUCAGGUGUCCCUGAAAUGGUUUGUGUCAACUGAACCUUCCUCCCAUUUCACGAUAAUGUUUUAAAACAACACGCGUCAGAUGAGUUUGAACCCACUGGGAUUCAAGAUACACUACGUGGCCAAAAGUAUGCGGACACCCGGACUUUCCCUCCACGUCUGACAGUGUAACAUGUGAUCAGACACCAUGUCCAUUAACCUGCUGCUCUAACGGCCUCCGCUGUCCUCCAUGUUAGUCAGUACAAACCAAGUAAAACUUUAUGAGCAUCACAUUAACCGACACGUCCAAAUUUCACCAGAAGGCAGUUCAGGACAGUGGUACGUUGUCCUCAUAGUCCCGGGUCAGGGACUAUUCUGUAAAUGACUGUAGCCCGAAGGCUAC